UGGCUGCUGCUCUUUGGGAAUAAUCCAGGCUGGAGAAGAUGGGGCCUCACCGUCUGACGUCCUCUCCCCAGGACACAGUGACCUUCCCUGACGUGGCUGUGAACUUCUCCCCUGCGGAAUGGUUGUUCCUGAACACCUCUCAGAGGAAGCUCUACAGAGAUGUGAUGCUCGAGACUUAUGAGCACCUGCAGGCAGUAGGGUCUUGCAGGGUGAAGCCUUUGCUGAUCUCCUGGUUGGAAAAAGGAACCAUGCAGAGGCUGCCAAGAGGAAUGUUGGAAGAACCGAAGCCAGACAUCUAUCCAUGUCCCUUCUGCUCUCUCAUCUUCUCCAGUCAGCACUUCCUCGGUCGCCACAUGAAACAUAGUCAUUCCUCUCGGAUCCUCCCAGGAAUAUCUGCAAGAAAACACGCUCAAUCAGAAAAUUCCUCUCCAUGUGACCAGAACCAGUGGCAUCAAUAUUCUGAUCCAUAUAAUGAUAAGCCAAAGAAUGAUCUACUUGAAAGUCAAAAGCACACAGAAAGCUCCAUACCUUUGUCUAUGAUGAGGCUUAAGAGAGAUUUAACAGCCUUUUCUAAACGAGUUUGCAGUGAAAUAAUGAGCUCUAAUAACCAGGUGGCACUGGAAGAAGAAACUAAUCCAAGCCAGAAAGUAAAUCCAAAUGACACAGCUAGUUUAGUUCCAGGGAUAGGAAUGCCAAGAAUUUUAAGAGACAGGCAUGUAAGACCUGCACAAGGCUUCACAGAUAGAUCAAAUCUCAUUUCACACCAAAGGACACACAGAGAGGAGAAGACUUAUGUUUGCAGGGAAUGUGGACGAGACUUCAAUGUGAAGGCAAAUCUCAUGAGACACCAGAGGAUACACACAGGGGAGAAGCCCCACGUUUGCAGAGAGUGUGGGAGAGGCUUCAGUGAUAUGUCAAGUCUCAUCCGACACAAGAGGAUACACACAGGAGAGAAGCCUUAUGUUUGCAGGGAGUGUAGGCGAAGCUUCAGUGAUUUGUCAAGUUUAAUCAAACACCAGAGGACACACACAGGGGAGAAGCCUCAUGUUUGUAGAGAGUGUGGGCGAGGCUUCAGUCAAACAUCACAUCUCAUCCAACACCAGAGGACACACACCAGGGAGAAGCCUUAUGUUUGCAGGGAUUGUGGGAGAGGCUUCAGUGUGGGAUCAUCUCUCAUCUUACACCAGAGGACACAUACAGGGGAAAAGCCCUAUGUUUGCAAAGAGUGUGGGCGAGGCUUCAGUAGUUCGUCAGGUCUCUUCAGCCACGAGAGGACACACACAGGGGAGAAACCACAGACUUGCAGGGAGUGUGGGAAAGGCUUCAGGAAUAUAUCAGAUCUCCUCAAACACAAGCGGAUACACACAGGGGAGAAGCCCUACGUUUGCAAAGAGUGUGGGCGAGGCUUCAGUAUAAGUUCAACUCUCAUCGUACACCAGAGGACACACACAGGGGAGAAGCCCUAUGUUUGCAGGGAGUGUAUGCGAGGCUUUAGUGAUUCGUCAAGUUUAAUCAAACACAAGAGAACACACACAGGGGAGAAACCCUAUGUUUGCAAUGACUGUGGGAAAGGGUUCAUUGACCAUUCAUCUCUCAAUAAACACAAGAGGACACACACAGGGGAGAAGCCCUAUGUUUGUAGGGAAUGUGAGCGAGGUUUCAGUGUAAGUGGAAAUCUCCUCAAACACCUGAAGACACAAGAGAAGCCUCACAGAUGCAGGGAGUAUGGCCAAGGCUUCGGCGAUAUGUCAAGACUCAUCAAACACAAGUGGACACGCACGUAGGUAAGAAGCCCGUGUUUGCAGAGUUUGUGUGUGAGGCU